AUGGAGCUCGAGAAACUUUGCUCCUUCUCUUCAUUCCAUCUUCUCGCUGCAAGCCCAGUGGUGUCUGUAACCUUUCAGUAUCUACUCAUCUGGCCUUCUUCCGACUUUGUCACCAUGACCGACUCGACGACUGUCAACUGCUGCCGUGCCGAACUCGGAGACCUUAGAAGGAGCGGUCUAUAUGCCUCUACUGAAACCCUCGUCCUUGGCGAACCAAAGAGACGCUCAAACGAAACUCGAUCGCAGGAAAAGAGAAGACUUGGUCUUCUCCGUGCCGAAGAAGAGUAUGGCCUCGACGCCCCGGCCCACGGUCCCAUACAGUGGCUGGUGCGGCAGUGA